UGGCAGUGAUGAGCGCAGUAACUAAAGAAAUUAUCAGCUGAGAGUUGCGAAAAAUUUUCUCAAAAAAUUCCAUUAAAAUUAGGCACUAGAAAAACUCUCAAAACGCACUAAAAUAUUAUUAAAUUGCUCGUACAAUUGUAAGAUAAUUAGUUGUGGUGUUUUCCUUUGUGGGAAAUGCAAGUAAAUGAUAACUGAGAAGUAGAAGAGUGGGUACUGUCGAUUGAAUUAGGGAAGAAUAACGCUAUGGGAUGGGGCAAACUGCCAGCCCUUGCUCUAGUGGAAAUUUACGGGUAUCUUGAGCAUCCGGAUCGCCUUCAGGCGUCUGCGACAUGCAAACACUGGCGCCAGACACUUUUCCAUCCAAGGUUCUUCGAGAGAGCCACUUUCGUUGUGAAUCGCAAACAUGAGGCUCGAAAUGCAUUUUAUCUGCAAUCCCUGGGCCAUCUCGUCAGUGCCACGUCCAUCAUCUUUGACUCCACCAACAGCCAUGCAGUUCAGCGUGCCACUGAUAUUCUGGUUAACAUCUGCACCACCAACAAUCGCUUAGUUUCUCUGACCCUAAGACCCAGUCAGAGUCAAUUUGUUCUGCCCAGGCAGUAUUCUGCGGAGAAUUUUCUCCACAGUGGCCUCAUUGAGCCCAUUAAGAGUCUCCUGGGUCGCAGGAAUCCAGCAAUGGCACAUCUCAAUGUGGGUUCCUGCGAACAUCUUACCAUCUACUGCCAGGACUUUCUGCGAUCUCUCGCAUGCCCUCAGGAACUUAAUUUGCUCGCAAUGGCUUCUGUGAAGGAAAAUCCUGCCUUCUACUACGUCGGCAACCUCGAAGCCAGUCUCUUUGACAAGUGCACCAACCUCAGGCUACUCUCAAUUGACUACGACUUCCUCAGUGAUGAACUUCUGAGGGUUCUGCAGCUGCUCAAUCUCAAACGACUCAUUUUGCACAUUCAUGCCUUUGACAAAAAUCACGCUGGCACAUCCGACGAGGCCUGGAGGAGCUUCCAGGAGCACAAUCCACAGGCUGAACUUCGCAUCAAUCUCAUAAAAGCCUGUGAGGCAAUAAAAUACCUUCACAGUCACAUUCUGCACGAAAGCAUGCCACUGUCUCACAUGAAAGUGCUGUUCUGCAAAUAUAUGAAUCCCCAAGCAAUUGACUUCAUAUCGCAGAACUAUAAUAGUACUUUCAAGAGCCUCACGUGGAUUGACUCAGCUUUUGACAAUCAAGAAGCAGAAUUCUUCUAUCUCACCACGGAUCAAGAUCCGCUUGUGAUGAUGGCUUGGCGUUGUUCGAAGUUGGAGGAAAUUGUCCUGCAUGGAUACCUUCUGGAUGUCCACAAUCUCGUUGGUAUUGCAAGAUUGAGGGGAGAAAAUCUAAAGCGUUUUGAAGUGGCCAAAAUUGACCUCUUGCCCAAUACUCUUCUUGUAUCAUUUCUCAAUGAAAUCAAUCGUUUGAUGAUUUAUGAGUGGCAUCCGAAGAAGGACAAGGAACUGCCUCCAGCUGUUUCAGGUUGUGGCUAUUCGAGCGAAAGUGCACGAGAUAAGUAUAUAAUGGAAAUAACUCAAAAUGAUAUAACAGAUUUACAUUGAACUCUCAAAGACACUGCAACAGAACUAAGUCGACUUGCUGCCACUUAAUUAUAUAUAUAUUUUUUUUAAUCGUAAUGGUGGACCUGUUUUUAUUUAUUAGUUUAUAUUUGCAAAUUUAGAAAAUCAACAUUCACUCAUAUUUUUUUAUUCAGAUUAUGCAAUAUUUAAUGCACUUCUCUGAAUAUUAUUAAAAAAAAAGAAGUGGAAAUUCUUUUAGAAUUUCAAAUGGCAAUUUUAAAUUGAGUUUCUCUCUCAAUGGCCUCUAUACACUAGAGAAAUUUAUGUCCAUAUUGAAGCAAAUUCAAUUAUGUAGGAAAAACUCUAAAAUAUGGACAUAUUUUUCGCUAGUGUGUAGAGGCCAUCAAAAAAAGAAGUGAAUUUGAUGUAUCUCUUUUGAGAACUCGAGUGAUUGUGCUUAUUCCAACAACAAAAAAAAGAAAUGAAAAGAAGAUUUUUUCAAGAAAAGAAAACAUCUUUGAAACAAUGUGAUACAUCUUUACAAAAGAAAAAAAAACUAUGGCAAAAAUGCAACAUAAGCAAAGCUGAUACAAAAAAAAUACCAUGCGAUUACAAAAA